AUGGUUAUUGAGGCGCUCGGACAGUGGGGCUUCCCUGGUAUGGUCCGGUCGAGCCAUAUAUUCCGAGCACAGGUAGCCAGGGACCACCUCCGAGCACAGGGAGCCAGGGACGACCUCCGAACAGAGGGAGCCAGGGACGACCUCCGAGCAGAGGGAGCCAGGGACGACCUCCGAGCACAGGUAGCCAGGGACGACCUCCGAGCAGAGGGAGCCAGGGACGACCUCCGAGCACAGGUAGCCAGGGACGACCUCCGAGCAGAGGGAGCCAGGGACGACCUCCGAGCACAGGGAGCCAGGGACGACCUCCGAGCACAGGUAGCCAGGGACGACCUCCGAGCAGAGGAAGCCAGGGACGACCUCCGAGCAGAGGAAGCCAGGGACGACCUCCGAGCAGAGGGAGCCAGGGACGACCUCCGAGCACAGGUAGCCAGGGACCACCUCCGAGCACAGGUAGCUAGGGACGACCUCCGAGCAAAGGAAGCCAGGGACGACCUCCGAGCAGAGGAAGCCAGGGACGACCUCCGAGCACAGGGAGCUAGGGACGACCUCCGAGCACAGGUAGCCAGGGACCACCUCCGAGCACAGGUAGCCAGGGACCACCUCCGAGCACAGGGAGCCAGGGACGACCUCCGAGCAGAGGAAGCCAGGGACGACCUCCGAGCAGAGGGAGCCAGGGACGACCUCCGAGCAGAGGAAGCCAGGGACGACCUCCGAGCAGAGGAAGCCAGGGACGACCUCCGAGCACAGGGAGCCAGCGGAACCACUGGGGGUCCCCAGUGGUCGCAAAAACGAGAGUUCGAGUCAAAUACAUGGCUCCAAAGAUUUCCUCGAAGAUCCGCCGAAAAUAGAAGAUUACCACCAUAA